AUGGAAUUGAAUUUGACAUUAGAAAAACAUUUAACUAAUAUGGAAAUUAAUUGCUUAAUUGUUGUUCUCUGUAAUGGGGAUAUUUAUUUUGACCAUACACUUCGUUUAUUACGGAACAUAACACAUAUGGAACAAAAAGUAAUUGCAUUAAGCGUUAUUGAAACAUCUAUUGACGGUAACCAAACAGACAAAAGGUGUUUUGGUGUUCAUAAACAUUGGGGUAGUUAUGAUACAUAUAUUAUUCAUCCACCGAUUAUUGGUGAGAACUUUGAACGAAUAUUGAAUGCAACCGAUAUUGAUAUUGGCGGAGUACUAGGUGGUGAAAAUCGACUUUUGUAUGAAAUGAAUAGAUUAUUGAAUUUAACUGCAUAUAAUCCAUGUAGAAUAAUCAAAGCUUACCAUUUACAUACGAGUAAUGUUCGGACUUAUAGUUUCAAAGUAAAAAUUAAUCACAAUGGGAAAUCGUUGCAACCACCACCAAUCGAUUAUCUACCAUGA